AUUUAUUUAAGUGUAUGGAAGUGGUAUAGGCUUCAAGUGCUCACUUUGUGAGUAUAGAUAUGUCUGAAAGCUUUAGAGAAAAGAUGGUGAAGUUCCUGUCCCCCAGUUCAAAGAACACCAAUGGCUCCAGCUCAGAUACACAGUUGGGUGAACGGAUUGGUCCCGAAGUUCGGCGCCGCCAUCACACUAUGGAACGAGACUCAAAGGCGGAGCACCGUUUUUUCCGUCGCAGUGUUAUUUGCGACUCCAAUGCAACGGCCUUGGAGCUUCCCAGUAAAAUCCUUGUGCUGCCACCAGAUUUUUCCACCGUAUCCACUGACCACCACACUGCAGAAAUCAAGGCAGCAGUCCAAGCCGAGCCAUCUGCAGUGCCUGAUUGGUCAGUCGUAGACAAGUUGGAGGGAGCUGGAGGUGACGUCCACAAGGAGAUAGUCGCAGAAAAGAUAACCUUGGUUUCAGCAAGUUGUGAUGAAGGGGUAAAGCAGGAAGCUUCUCUGGAAGAUCACAGCAAAGCACCAGAGUCAGCCAGUCAUGUAAAUCAAGAGAACGAUAAAGAGGAAGAUGAGGAUGCCAAAGCGAAAGCUCUGGUGGAGGCAGGACAACAGCGGGAAGCAGAAAAGAAGGAGCAAGAGGACAUUGAGGAGAUGGAGACGAAGGCUGUCGGCACUUCACCUGAUGGUCGGUUUUUGAAGUUUGAUAUUGAGAUUGGACGUGGCUCUUUCAAGACCGUGUAUAAAGGACUGGAUACCGAGACUACUGUGGAGGUGGCAUGGUGCGAACUGCAGGAUCGCAAGCUUUCAAAAUCAGAGCGGCAACGCUUCAAGGAAGAAGCUGGCAUGCUAAAGGGCCUGCAGCACCCCAACAUUGUGCGCUUCUAUGAUUCUUGGGAGGUGCCAUGCAAGGGGAGGAAGUGUAUUGUGCUUGUGACGGAGCUCAUGACAUCUGGCACCCUAAAGACUUAUUUGAAGCGGUUUAAGGAGAUGAAGAUCAAGGUCCUACGCAGCUGGUGUCGACAAAUACUGAAGGGGCUUCACUUCCUUCAUACCAGGUCUCCUCCCAUCAUUCACCGUGAUCUCAAGUGCGACAACAUCUUCAUCACUGGCCCCACUGGUUCCGUGAAGAUUGGCGAUCUGGGCCUUGCUACCCUCAAGAGGGCUUCUUUUGCCAAGAGUGUCAUAGGUACCCCUGAGUUCAUGGCGCCUGAGAUGUAUGAGGAGAAGUACGACGAGUCAGUGGAUGUCUAUGCCUUUGGGAUGUGUAUGCUGGAGAUGGCUACUUCUGAGUACCCGUACUCCGAGUGCCAGAAUGCGGCACAGAUCUAUCGCAGAGUAACCAGCGGUGUGAAGCCCGGCAGUUUUGAUAAGGUCGCCAUUCCAGAAGUUAAGGAAAUUAUUGAAGGAUGCAUUCGUCAAAACAAAGAUGAAAGAUAUUCCAUCAAGGACCUGUUAAACCACGCCUUUUUCCAGGAAGAGACUGGGUUGCGUGUGGAGCUCGCCGAAGAGGACGAUGGGGAAGUGGUUGCCAUCAAACUGUGGCUGCGCAUUGAGGAUGUUAAGAAGCUCAAAGGGAAAUACAAGGACAAUGAAGCCAUUGAGUUUUCCUUUGACCUCCACAAAGAUGUCCCAGAGGAUGUGGCGCAAGAGAUGGUUGACUCAGGCUAUGUGUGUGAGGGUGACCAUAAGACCAUAGCCAAAGCUAUAAAGGACCGUGUAGCCCUAAUCUGCAGGAAAAGGGAACAGCGGCAGCUGGUGCGAGAAAAGCGGAAGCAGGAAGAGGAGAAGGGACAGCAGCCUCUGAGCGAGCCCUCUCAGCCUUCUUCCUCCUCUACAAAGCCCCCCACAUCCAGUCUUGCACCAGUUCCCAUGGAAACAGAGGAACCGGAGGGGGAGCAGCAGCUGCAGUCGCAGCCUGUGGCGCAAGUUUCAUCAAUGUGUGGCAUAGAGGCCCAGUAUUUCCAGAGUAUUCCCAGUAAUGUGCCAGAGUCUCAUUCUGGUCAACCAGUGCUACCUUCCUACAGCUCUCUGCCACUGGAGCAGCAGCCUCAGCCCUCUGCCACGCCACACAGCAUGCAUUCUCAACUUCCCCCGCAACCAACUGGAGUCCAGUCACAAAGCCUGCCUCAGGUACCCCUCUCUCAAGGAAGCAGUGUUCCUGCGUCUCAUUCUGGAAACGUUGCUUCACAGACCACUCUGCCAACUCCAGUUCAGCCCAACAUUUCCCACCAGCAGCCACAUCAGCCACUCGUAGAUACUGCACCACAGAGCUCUGUUCAGCCCCCGCCAGCGCAUGGUUCUCAGAUGGUUCAGGGUCCUGCAAGUGUUCCCCAGGUUCCCCCUCCAGAUCAGACUCAAGCAUCAUCCAUGCUUAUUCCAGCAUCCACAGAGAGUGGCCUGUCGGAUGCUGCAUCAGGGUUAAGUGAUGGAAAUGAGGGCAAGCAUGAGGCUCGCUCCACAAAGCGUUACCAACGCCGCUCUGCCCGCAGCCGGUCUCGACAUGAAAAAACAGCCAAACCCAAGCUUGUUGUCCUCAAUAUUUCCAACAUUGGUGAUAGAGUGGCUGAAUGCCAACUGGAAACGCACAACAAGAAAAUGGUGACGUUCAAGUUUGAUCUGGAUGGAGACAACCCUGAAGAAAUAGCACAGAUCAUGGUCCAAAGUGACUUCAUUCUGGAAAGUGAGCGUGAGUCCUUCAUUGAGCAGGUGCAAGAGAUAAUAGAUGUGCCAGAUGAGAAAAGAGAAGCUAUAAAAGAUGGGUCUUCUCAGGUGUCAGGUGAGCAACAAACAGCUGAGAUAUUAACUCCUAAUCUGCCUGGUCUGCCACCCAGUUUGGCUGCACAGGUAGUCCACUCAGCAGGGCGGCGUUUUAUUGUUAGUCCUGUACCAGAAGCACGACUUCGGGAGUCGUUCUUUGGCCCGUCCUCAGCCAACACAUCUUUUGGCGAUGAUGCAUCAGCAGUUGAUUGUGGAUUAGCUGGCAAUGUGCAGCAGGAGCAGGGACAAAGCAACCUGGUUACAAACACCAGUCAGCCCUCUUCAUUACCAUCUCAACCAGUAUACCAGAACUCUGGCCCAGCUGCCCAGAACGUUUCUACCACUGUCCCAGUAGGUUCAACCUCCCCGCCUUCUUCUACUCAAUUGCCCCCUGGACUAGCCUCCAGCAUGGGCCACAUUCCCCCUGCCAGUUUGUCCCUGAGCUCCAGUGGACAGUUUGCAUCUGGCACUUUUGCCCAAGCUGCAGCAUCAACUGUAUAUAUACAAACUGGCCAGAUUGAUCCUAGCCUAGCUCAUGCCACCACCCAGCCUUCUGUAUUACCUCUUCAACCUGUAUACCAGAGUCCAGGAACAGUUGCACCAAAUCUCUUGGGUACUGUCCCCAUUGUUUCCACUUCCCCACCAUCUUCCACUCAGCUGCCUAGGACAGGCAGGAUGUCCCCUUCCCCUGCUCCACAAGAGCAACCCAUCUAUCAGCGUCGCACCUCACUGCCCACUCCGACUACACUUUACCAGCCACCUGAGAACAGCAGCUCUGUUCCACUAUUUGCUGGAGAACAAUCUACUCCUCCCUCUGCAUCUGUGACGCAGAUGCCACCUACACCUCUGACUGUACUUACCCCUGGCCACUAUGGUGAGAGUGAGGGGGAGUCACAGGGGAAAUCACCAGGCAUUGAAGACAUCCAAGCACUGGACAAGAAGCUUCGAUCUCUCUUCCAUGACCAGGGUUCCUCCUCUAGCUCUUCAGUCUAUCCUGAUGCAUCCGGGGAAGCACCCCCAACCUCCUCACCCCCCAACACCAUCAGUUCGCCUCCUUCUGGCUUGGUGUCUAGUGCAGGCCACAUGCCCUCUGCCAGUUUGUCCCUGAGCUCUAGUGGGCACUAUGCUGCUGGCACAUUUGCCUCACAGGGCCAGGCUGGAGGAGCUACUGUGUACGUGCAAACUGUUCCAAUUGAUCCUGGUGUGCAAGGACAGCAGACAUCUGGGACUGGACUUCAAGACGGACAGACCCCUGCAGAAAACAGGCAGCCUGAGAUACCACCUGAUGGUGGUGUCAGACUUGGUCGCUUUCAGGUCUCUGUGACCACUGAUCAAGUUGUGGACAGUGUUACUGACCAGAAUACUGUUGUGUCGUCUUCAUCCACAACCUCUUCGUCUUCACCUGCCUCAAGCCCUGAAAACACUCUCCAUAAGAAUCAAACCCUGACGGCGACGAGCACUGGGCAUGACGUUCCAGAUCCUCCUUCUGCUGCUGCUACUACUACCACAAUUGGACGCUUUCAGGUUACCUCUGGCGCUGACGUGAAAGUGGGCCGUUUUUUGGUUACUCCGGCCGAAAAUCAGGAUACUACUUUAAGCUCAAAUGAAGAUGUAGAGCUCAGUGUAUCUCCCAGCAUCCAGGUUUCCUCUCCGUGCUGCUUAAGCAGUGAUGACUCUGAGCCAGAGGACGAGGCUUUUAAGACCGAGAUGAGACAGCUUAAGGACAGACAUGUACACGAGUUACAGGCCUUGCAGACCAAGCAGAAGAAGGAACUUGAGGAGCUGUAUACACGGAUGGGUAAAAUGCACCCCUGUGUGGUGGGUCCUUCUGCUCUCGCUGUGGCAGGGGGCAGACGGCGGCUCACCAAAUCCAAAAGCAGCAAAUCGGGCCGCAGCAGCAGCAACCACAAGAGCCCCAGAGGAGAAAAAUAUUCCACACUGAACAGGCAAACUUCGAUUGAUCAGUCGACUACAGGGGUUUCAGAUAGUCAUAAUACACUCAUUCAGGAUGCUCACUCAGAAGGUACUACAAUCACUGAUAAAGCAGAGAAUGGUUCCAGUCAAGCCACCAAUAUUCCACGAAAAGGCACAUUUACAGAUGACCUCCACCAGUUAGUGGAUGACUUUGCUCGUGAUGCCAUGAGCCACGUCAAGAAGUGUGGCAAGCAAAAUGCACAAGGCCAUGAUAUAAUUCCUCGCAAGUUCUCUGCACCAGGCCAGCUCUGCUCCAUGGGUGGUCUUAUUUCUGCUCCCUGCUCUAACUCUUCUGCUGGAAGGAAGGGUUCAUUGUGUUUGCAGUCACAGCAGCAGCAGCACACCUACUCGUGUACUCAUUAUGCCACCACACAGUGGGUAGGACCUGCAGGACAUGCUCAGAUGGGCAUGUUACAGCCCACAGCCACAAAUGCUCUCCAGCAGAGCUUUCAAGCGGCCACGGGAGCUCACAAAGCAGGAACUAACGGUGGAGGAACUAACGGUGGAGGAACCAACAUGCGUCCCACUCAGGCGAGCUGAGACAACGGGGUUGGUUUGCCAUACGUGGCAGAAACUGUAUUGUCCACUGUGAACUGUGUUUUUUUUGUAACCUUUAAGAGUAUUUAAGUCCAUUAUUAAUUUUUGUCCAGAAAACCAGCUUUACAAAUGUUAUUGCAGUAAAGGGACCACGCGACUGUUGCUUUUCGCUGUGGAUUCUCUAGUACCUGACUGAUCUAAGGAAAAAUGUAACUAGACUACAGCCAGAAAUCCUACAAGGGUGUGAUCUCAUGAUUUGGUAUGUUCAGUAGGAGGAUUCAUUUUUGGGUUCUACAGAUGGAUGUGUAUAGAGUGAUGUGAUGGUGCUGGAUGAAAACAAAACAAAAAUUUGAAACAUUGGUGUUACAGCCUUAAUUAUUAAGCUUUAGUGUUAAAAAGAAUUCAGCAUUUUGUAACAAUCUUUUUCUACCAGAUUAUUAGUACAUAUACAGAUUACCAUGGCUAAUUGUUUUGCACAAAGAUCCUAAAGCUGCCUGUUUAAGAUCCUUAUUAAAGCCUUACGGCAGUUGUUCAGUUCAGAUGAACAUAGUUCCAUGUUUAAAAUCCUUAGCUGUAUUGUUAAAUGGUUGUUAAAAUUACAUUGACGGGUUUGAGGAUGAUGCAUGAAGAAAUGUCUCACUAAAGCUGUUCUUAUGUAGUCUUAUCCAACAUCUGAGCUCUGGAGCAGUACAGUAUAAAAAAAGUAUUUAACAAUACCAAUUUGUGAUCAGACAUGUGAACAUAUCUGUAAUGCACAACCACAAAUUCUACACUAUUAACCAAGUAGUCCCAUCUCCUAAAUUGUUAAAUUUAGAGCUUCAUUUUCAGCUGCAGUGGAAUGUGUUGUGUAAUCAUUUAUUGGCUGCUGUUAGACUGUUUUUUUAAUGAUCCAUUUGAAAAGUGUUGGAUUCUGUUUUUUUUAUGUCUAUACUUUUCAUUGAAUCUAAUUGUCUAAUUGUUUACCAUACAUUUUUCUAAAGCAACCUGCAGUUUACCUGAAGCAUAUUUUAUCUACACAUAACAUAGUAAACAGAGCAAUAGGGUGUAAACUCUGGCUGUAUGCGACUUCUGUACCCAAGCAAGAUAGCAAUAACGAGAUGGAUGAAGUAAGUUGAUGGCAUAGAGCAAGUAAAGACUGUUGGUGAGGCAGAAAUGUAUAUUAAUCAUGAUUAAUAGCAGGGUGCCUGAAUCUUUUGGCAGUUUUUAACAGUUCUUUAAAUAUUAGAUGGAAUUUGAAUGACAGUGACAAAGAUGUGCAAUAUGAAGGUUGAAAGCAGGGUGAAAACAGCACUUGACCAAUUCGACACCUUUUUUCCAUUGUAAGUAUUUAGAUUGUUGUGUUUUUGUAUUGCUGAUUCAUGUUGGCUUUCCAUAGCAUAGCUGUUUCCUAAAACACUUGUACUGUUAUCUAGUAAAUAAACAAAGGGGAUUGUGUAUUUUAGGAGUUUUGUGAUGGCUGCAGCAUGUAGCUUCUUGCAGCCCCUUGUGCUACAUGCAUAUGGGGUACCUUCUAAAAUGACAUUCUUUGUUUUAUCCCUAAAGCACCUUUAUCCUUCCCAUGAUGCAUUGUAUUAGGAAUGCAUUUUCAUUAUUGAUGGUGGCUGGCUAUCACUGCCCUGCUCAGAAUUACAGAAAAUAUAUUGCUGUGAAUUUAAUGAAACAAAGUAUCUUGAAUACUGGCCAGAUUUCAGUAUUGUGCAACUUGUCUUUAUAAGCAACCGCUUUCAUGAACUGUAGUACCAGGCCACAAACGUAGUGCCAUUCCUGCACAGAAGUGACUUUUUCUCACCUCUGAAAUGAUUUGCUUGACUUCUCUAGAGAAGGAAAAAAAUUUUACUGCAAUGCAGAGUAUGCACCAUUUAUAAAAAAGUGCAACAGGCUGCGGAGGCUGAUGUUACUUUUGAUACUUGAGUGCAUGAUUUUUCUAAGUCUUUUCUUUAAUAUGAUUUUAAUCAACCAUACCACAACUUUUCAGAACACCACUAGUGUCACAAAGCACAUCCUGCUAUACUUAGCAAAACUGCAUGUUUUAAAAACUGACCUUCAUCUCUUCAGUAAAUCAGCAUUAAACCACUAGAUUAAGAAAAUAAGAGGCAAUACUGCUCAAAUAGUGCUUGAUUAUCAGUUUUGUUUCUAUCGAUGGUUGUGUUGUUAACCUUUUUUUAUUGUAUAUAUAAAAGAUUAAUUAAAACCAUUUUGGAAAAUGUA